GGCCUUUAAUUGGUGAUAACUCGAGUUUCGCUGAGUGGAAUUGAAAAAAUUUGAGCUCAUUUUGCAGAUUUUUUUAUAUACUUUGAGAUAAGACUGAGCUUUGUCCAUUCGUACCGUUUGUUCAGGGAAUAUUGAAGAUGAUAAAAAUGGUCGUAGGGUAAACCAUGUUAAAUCAAUGCUCUUUGAUUGCUAAUAAUUCGGGAUUCGCUGAGUCGAGCUCAAAAAAUUUGAGCUCAUUUUAAAAGUUUUUUUAUACACUUUGGGAUGAGAUUAAAAGGAUUUUAUUCGGAUCGUCAGCUCAAAGGAAAUUACAGAUGUUGAAAAUGUGAUAAUCGGCAAGAGAAUCGCGAAAUGGAGCGAGAAGAUGAACUUUGAUUGUUCAUAAGUCGGGAUUGGCUGAGUUGAAUUUAAAAAAUUUGAGCUCAUUUUCAAGAUUGUUUUAUGCACUUUGAGAUACAACUAAGAUUUUUCCAUUCGUGUCGUUCGUUCAGGCGAUUUUGAAGAUGAUAAAAGCAGCCAUAGGGAAAACCACGUUAAAAUGACGGUCUGUAAUUGUCAACAACUCAGGAUUGGCUGAGUGAAAUUGAAAAAAUCUCACCUGGUUCCCAAUAUUUUUCAUCAUACUUCAAAAUAAGACCAAAAUAGUCCCGUUCGUAUCGUUCACUCCAGAGAUAUUGAGGCCUUAAAAAUCUGGAAUUAACCCCCACCCUGUUGAUACCUGUGCCCACGUGAUCUGUUUCAUUCCGCCGGAGUUGACGUUAUCAAUAUAAAAUAUAACUUGUUUUACCGCAUUUUUCUCGUGAAUUCAUAAUUGUUGAAUAUUUUUGGGAGUGCGGGGGGAGUCCAGAGGGGGAAGAUGAUGGGGUGUCUUUCGAAAAAGGUGAUUGAGGCCAGAGGACUGAUGUCUGGAAUCAUCUCCAGGUGCUACAGCCUGUGGACACCUGAUUACCUGGAAACAAUGAAACCAAAAAUUCCACAGUAUCCCGUUGUAAAUAUCAGGAUGAGGGGAUACGAUUUUCCUGUUCUAGAGAGUUAUCAGAAAUUGGCGCAUAUUAUCGCUGUUAAUAUGGAUUUUGAGAUAGAUAAUAGUUAUGCCAUUCCCGCCCAAGACCUAAAAAUCCAGAAAUUCAAGCCCCGAUCGACGGUCGCCGAGGCAGAAUACAUCCUCCACUGCUACGAGAGGAACAUUCUCAUCAGUGACCUACCAUCCCCAAAAUUUCCAGUCUACGUUAGAAUGCUGGAGGCAGCCCUUCCAGAGGGUGUCACCCUGAACGUCCUAGAGUGGAAGCCAGAGAGGGAGGAAUUACGUUACGUCCCAGAUAAACAAUUGCUGGAUUUGAAGACAGAACUUGAGAGCAUACGGAAGCCCAAAAAAUAAUCGAUUUAAUUAGAAAAAGAAAAAAACAAAUUUAUAAAGGUCAAAAGUUGAUUAAAAAGUCGGAAAAUUUAUUAAUUUUCCACAUAAAAGUAUAAAAAAUAUCUGGAACAAUCUCUCAGUUUUGGACGGAAUUCGAUAAUGACAAUUAAUUAACCAUAAUUAAUUCGUUAAUUGGGGUUUUAUAACAGUCCGAAGUGAACGACUUUGAUUUUCGCUGCUUCCUCUGUCUUCACUGGCUCUUUCGGUUUCUCCUCAGCCCCAGAGUCUUCUGGAAUUAAAAUCAAGUCUAUGAAGCUUAAUUACAUCAAUCAGAGUCUGAAAAAUUGAGCUUUCGCCAGGAAUUUUUGAGAUUAUUUAGAGAGGAAUUACUUGAGAGGGGUUGGAAGUCCUUAAGGUAGUCCUCGUUUCCUAGGCAGAGCGGGAGACUCUCUGCUAGUUCCCUCUUGGGGUCCAUGGGGUGGAGCUUAGUCACUGGACGUUGCAGGGGUCUAUAACCCUGUCCCUAAAUCAAUUAUUGAUUACCAGUAAUUAUAAUCGUAAAAAUAAUUUGAUUUUUUGGAAUAAUCAUUUCAUAUAAAUUUCUGUGCCAUAAGUAACUGAACACUUUUUAUACGUUUUUUUGUGAAAGUAAACACAAGUCUGAAUAAUAUCAAAAUUG